AUGAGUCGGUGUGCGGCAGCCUGGGCCGGCUGCGUGGCGCACCGACCUGGUGUCUGCGCCUCGACAGCAAGAGCACAUGCGGGGGUCCGGAUCGCGGCAUCGCGACGAAUACGGCUUCAUUGUGCGAAGCAGCCACCGUAUUCUCGUAGACCCCGGCACCUCCAUUCCCUGACAGCCAGCGUGGUUGGCGCGCAGCAGGUCCGGGGCGCCCCGGCAGUGGCGCCAGCCAACCUGGCCGUCUUCGUCUCCGGCGGGGGCUCCAACUUCCGAGCCAUCCAGGAGGCGUGCGCAGCGGGUGUCAUCAAGGGUCGGGUGGCGGUGGUGGUGACCAACGCCCCUCAAUGCGGUGGAGCGCAGUACGCCGAGCGUCUGGGCAUCCCUGUGCUCGUGUACCCCUCGUCCAAGUCUGCGAAGGGAUGCACCCCUGAUGAGCUGGUGGCUGCCCUUAGAGAGGAGCACGGCGUGGAUUACGUCGUGCUGGCGGGGUACCUGAAGCUCAUCCCCCCCCAGCUGGUGCGGGCCUUCCCCCGGGCCAUGCUGAACAUCCACCCGGGCCUCCUUCCCGCCUUUGGCGGCAGCGGCCUGUAUGGGCUUCGAGUCCACUCCGCCGUGAUCACGUCUGGGGCCCGCCUCUCCGGCCCCACCGUGCACUUUGUGGACGAGGGCUACGACACUGGUCCCAUCCUUGCGCAAGUCAGCGUUGCCGUAUCCCCCCUGGACAGCCCCCAGCAGCUGGCGGCACGAGUGCUGGCCGAGGAGCACAAGCUGUACCCUCGCUGCGUAGCAGCCCUCUGCGAGGGCAGGAUCUCCUGGAGGGAGGAUGGCAUCCCCAUCAUGUGGACCGCUGCCUGA